ACAAAAUAUAAUACAGUUAAGCAGGCAAGUAGGCUAUAUGUGCCAUAUUGCGUUGUCCAGAUGUCGCCAGAUGUAACGCCCACUUUGCUCAACCUCGUCCUGCCUUCAGCCACAUUUUCAACCCAGAACACUUUUGUUUUCUUCAAAGCUAUCGACCUAUCUAGCCUAUAGAUGUCUUUGAGUGAGAAAAGUGAUGAGGAGAUCACCAAGCUGCCAGCUGAUGGCGUCAAACAUGGAGCCAUAGUCGACUCGACUGGAAAGCUGUAUGAGAAGAAGCUUGAAAAGGUGAUGGAGGACACCCCAGUGAAACCCUCCUCUGAUAAGACCUACUACAGAGAGGAAGAGGAGGUAGUUACCUACAUGACAUACCAUAGUCCGGUUAGACAUGAAGGUUAUGCGGACAUGCUGAAACGAAGAGGCAACACUGAGCCUGAUGAAGAAGAGGAAUCAGAUCAAGAUCAAGAGCUGUCUAUCCAGAGCAGUAGCAGAACAGGCAGUCACAGUGCAGUACAAUCCAGGAAGCUGGCCGGAAAGUCUGGAGGCUGCAUGUGGAAGGUGAUUCGGCUGCUGCUGCUGUUAGCUGUGUUAGCAGCUGUCUUCUACUACACCUACUUCCGUGUAAUGAACAGUGAACAAAACCUUUUUUAAGUUCAAUGAUUGAUAGAUCUGAUUUGCUUUUAGGAUAUCAGGUUCAGAACUCAUCUCCAUUAAUGUCGUAGCAGAGAUUACACUUUUUUUUACCAACAACUGACAACUGCUAGUAAAGUAAUACCACAUUACAUGGAAUUUUAAUGGUUCCUAUUCUAUUUUUUUACUGUCAAUAAAUAUCAUGUGCAGAGCCAAACCAACAAUGAAUUGAUCCUAUUAACA